UUGACACUUAGAAAUUAUAUCUACAAUGGAAAUGUUCCAUACACUGUUUGUUGUUGUAUUCUUGUCAUUCGAAGUGGUGUUUGCCGAUGACAAUCUGGUGUUAAGGCAAAGAUUGGAUAAACUUGAAAAUGAACUCAAUGAGUUAAAAUCUACACGUGGAAAAAAUGAUCAGAAACGCCUCCAACCAUCUCUUCAUGUAGCCUUUAGUGCUGUGUUGGACGCCCAUGGACAGAAUACAGCGAGCCAUAAUCAGCCCAUUAAGUAUGAUAAAGUAUAUACUAACAUCGGGAACGGGUAUGACAACAGUUCAGGUGUCUUUCAUCCUCCAGAGAACGGACUUUAUCAACUUUAUGCAUCAAUUGCAGUCGAUGGAGAUGAUGCAGUUCAUGCCUUUUUGGAAAAAAAUGGUCAACCAUUAUGUGCUUGUACUGCAGUUCACUAUAGUACCGGGUCAUGCAUGGUUAUCAUUCCACUCGUAGAGGGAGACACAGUUUGGAUGAGGGAAGUAUUCGGAACACAUGUCAGAGCAGGAAAGUUGUCAGCAUUUACAGGACUUCUGCUAGGAAGCUCAAACUAGACUACUGAAUAAAGAGCACAAUUGAGUAUA